UUUGUUUAAUUUCACUUUUUCGGAUAUUUAUAAAAGUAGGCCAAAUUGUUUUGAAUACAUAAUACCGAAUAUGUUUUUUGUUUACUGCUCUUCGAUACGAUAGCGAAGAACAAAUGAUUUUGAAACAAAGAAGAGACGGGAAUUAACAACAAAACUGAAUCAUGUGGUAGAGCAAAACAUUGAACUGUAUCUGCCAUCUGGUGUACAUGAAUAGCUUAAGGCCACUGUCGAGCUACCCACGUCGCGCAACGGUUCAUAAUAAAAUAAAUUUCUGAGUAAUUUGUUCUCUUGAAUUAAGUGGUUUCUUUGACUAAUGUAAAACAUCAGUAUUUGUUUACAUAUUAGCUAAAACACAGCGCUUUUUUUACUUUAAAAAAAUAUUGCUCCCCUAAGAUAAUUUGUUUUUACUAAAUUUCGACCUAAUCGUUAAAAGGGAAAUUCCCUUAUUAUAACAAAAAAGUUUGGAAGCAAUUAUAAUAAAGUUGUUAUUCUGUUUUUUUUGGUUGUUUUAACGAAAAUGGAGACAAGUACACGUCUUUUGGAACGAAAAGAGCAAUUACUAUAUACCAUACAAAGGACAGGGAUAACGGAGAUCGUCUUCGGCGGGCUAACGGUCAUUCUAUGCAUAAUUUCGCUGGUAGUGGAUGGGGAUGCCCCAGGAACUUAUGCAACACACUCUGGAGCUGGAAUAUGGUGUAGUGCUGUUGCUAUAGCAGCAGGAGCGCUUAAUAUUACAGUUGUAAAAAAACAGGCCUUCAGUUUAAUUUAUGCUAGCAUGAUUUGCUCAAUUGUUGGCGCAUGUUUUAUGCUAAUAUUGAUUAUAAUUGAAACCAUUAGUUCGACGCUCAUUUUUAGUUACAUUUACGAAGUACCUGUUGGUAUAAUUCAUGUUGUUAUGCUUCUAUUCACAGUAGUACAAAUGGUGCUUCUCAUUUACAACAGUGUUAUAUUUGGAAAAAUAUAUAACGCUAAUAAAUCUAGAUUCGAAAAUAAUCCUAAUGAAUGUUGUUCUCCCUGCUGUUAUCCAAUCUCUGGCUCAAGUCAGCCAAUUGUGGUAUAUGUACCAGUAUCUGAAACUAAAUAUAAUGAAAUGGCAACUGUUUAAGACAGUGCGUUCAUAACAGAUUGAAAAAUUGCUUUUUAAUAUUGCAUUUUUUGAAAUCUUUUUGUCUAGAUUUGUGUCUGAAUUUUUUUUUUUUUUCUGAAAUGAGUAGGUGCAAAUUUUUGUGCUAAUAUGUUCAGGCCUAUUUACUUUUUAAUAUGUUAACGCUGUUUAAAAACAACCUUUUUCUAGAUUUUCUUACAAAUCUAAUUGUGUCUAGAUAUGAAUGUAUUAUGAAUCACUUAUGCAUUUUUAAAUGUGUCCACAGUACACAGUUCAAAUUUGAAAAAUUGUGCUGAUUUGUUAAAGUAAUUUUUCUGUAAAACAGUUGAAUAAAUGUAUAUGUAUAUAAACCAUUAUCCUGUAAAUUCAUUGUUGCAUGCCAAUUGCCAUUGUCUUGAACUAUAAACCAUUUCUUGCUGACCUGUUUAACUUUUUGCAAUAUUUUGAUUUUGUAAACAUAUUUUUCCUAACAGCCAUUUUAUUUACAUACCAUUGUUCUGUAAUCCAAUGAUAACACAACACGCUAGUACACAAACAUAAACUUUUUUUAAUUUAACAUAUUUGAUUGUGUCUUAACUAUUCUGCCUUAAAACCAUUUCUGUUAUGUCAUAAACAGUGGUGCAACUAAAAAAAACAACAAAAAAUGAAACUUUUUUGUGAUAAAACCUUCAUUGUUGAGUAAAACACUCCUUUUACACCUUGAUUAAAAGGUAAUAUAUAAAAAGGAUUGAACAAACUUUUUUAAAACAAAAAACUAAAUAUCGCAAUUCGCAACUGUGUUUUUAUCCAGUUACUACCAAAUUACUCCUUUUUUUACAAUUUUUUACAAAAACCUUCCUCUGCCUACACCACUGGCUGUACAUUUUGUAACAUAUUUGCAGUAGCAGGUACCAGGAUGCCACUGUACAAGGGGUUAGGUAUAGGGCUUGGUACAGAUGCCCACACCAUAGUGCUUGACCUUGGUGAAGCUUAUUCUAAACUGGGGUUUGCCGGCGAAGACCAACCAAGGAUGGUGAUUCCAACUACUAUUGAAACUAUAGGUGGUCCAGUCACUUACAUAUUCAAAAGUGACCACACAUCCAUUGUCGGGCACGAAGUGGCUCCUGAUUUGCAACGGAGCAUUCAGACGUUUUUCGACAAAGUUUUUUACAAACAUCUGCAAGUGAAUCCGAAACUACAGCGGGUUAUUAUAUGCGAGUCACUUCUGAAUCCAACGAAGAUAAGGGAAGCUGUUGCAACUGUUCUGUUUCAACAUUUUGAGGUUCCAUCCAUCUUUUUUGCCCCACAUCAUCUACUGGCUUGCUUCACUAUUGCUGUCAAUACAGCUCUUGUAUUAGACUGUUCAUAUCGGGAGACUCUUGUUAUACCUGUCAUUGAGAAUACACCUGUGUUAUGGGGUUGGCAAGCUGCACCGCUUGGAGCUGCCAGUAUACACCACUCUAUCAUGGAUGAGAUAUUGGAUAAAGGAAAGAUACAACUUGAGCAUAAUCCCGCUACACCUGUCACUCAAAGACUCAGUGAUAAAGUGCUGGAGGAUAUAAAGGUGAAAGCUUGUUUUGUGAGUGAAUAUGAAAGAGCUAAGAAAAUUCAAUCUGCAAAGUGGAGCAAAGAACCUAUAGAGGAAAUCUUGCAACAGAAGGAGAUGGUUUACCCACUAGAUGGGGUUACAAGGCUUAUUAUUCCUUCCUCUAUUCGUGAGAAUGCAGCAGAAGUUUUAUUUGAGCAGGAUAAUGACCAAGUAUCUGUUGCCACUCUUGUUCUUGAUUCACUUCUUAAUUGUCCAAUUGAUUCUCGUAAAGAACUGGCAAGGAAUCUUCUUGUAACAGGUGGUACAUCCAUGCUACCAGGUUUUAGACACAGGUUGUUGUUUGAACUGAAGGAAUUAGUUCAACAUGAAGAAAGAUAUAAUAGCAAGUUAUCUGAGUGUGAGUUUCGUGUCCACAACCCCCCUAUACAUGCAAACCUAGUUGGUUGGCUCGGUGCUUCUAUCUUCGCGACUCUGGAAGCUUUUCAAAGGAAAUCAAUUACAAAGGAAUAUUUUAACCAGCACAAUGGUAAACUCCCUGAUUGGUGUGCAACUGACAUAACACCACCAAAUGAAGCCAUACUACCACCAUUUAAGGUUAAACCAAGACUAUCACUACCAAGUGCUGGGACCAAGAGAAUUAAAUCUGAAAGUCACCAUACAAAAAGUGAAUCAUGACUGCUUUUAUUUAAACAAAACAAAAUACUGUGCCUAUGAUGUAACAAGUGUUACAGUAAUAUCAUAAGCAACACAAUGUAACACUGUUUAGUAGUAUCCUGCACUACGUUCCGUUAUGAACAAAAAGGUGCCUAAAACACAAAAAUUAUAGUUAUUCUCAAUAAAAACAUAACAGCCUUAUGUAUAUUAAUGUUACAAUUACUAUUUUCUUUAUUUCAAAACAUCACUAAAGAUGGUAUACCUUUUAAAAAUGAAAAGUUUUUGUUAGAUAUAUAUGGAGUUACGGGCUGUCCUGUUUGUAUUAAAAUGAUCAGAAAUUUGACAUAGUUUUGUGUUCACAAUACAACUCUUGUAUAACAAUAUUUCACAAACACGUAAGUUUUAACAAUUUUAAUAGGUAGAAUGCGCACAGUUUCAUAACACUGAAGAAUGUAAAGUUUCAAUAUAAAUUAGGUGUGCGUAAACUGCAUGUGCGUCAGUAACAAAUUGUAUUUAUUGCAUGUAAAAGU